AUGGCAUCGACAGCAGGUGCAACAACGUUAGGGACAGCAGCAGGGGCGGGAGGAGCAGCACUGAGGCUCAAGUUUAUCUUCGCGAACCAUGACGGGGUGGUGGUAGAGUUCGAGACAGAGCCCACCACGCUGGUCAAGGACUUGAAGGUGGCGCUGAUGGGACGAUGGCCGACAGGUGUCGAACCGGUGCAAGAUUUGAGUCACGUGCGACUAGUCUGCAUGGGGUUCGGGAUACUACCGGAUGCGAAGAGCCUCACUGAAUGCAGAGUGCCACAUUUCGACGCACACCCGACGCCCGUAAACGUGGCAAUUCGGCCAAAAAACAUCCAAGUGCCGCAAUCCGGGUGGCGACUUCAUAAACAGAGCUCUCGGCUGCCCUGGCAAGACUGGGGGGGUGUGUGUUCCCCUUGUUGAGUGUUGCCGUUGACCACCAGCACCUGCCUGUAUGCAUGCAAUGGCUGGUUGCUUGGCCACUGAAAAAACUCAUCAGGUUUGGGACUAAAGAAGGCCCUGUUCUAUGGUGGUAUUGUAGUACGUGCGAGGAGUUUUCACAGCUGUGCGUGGGGCUUGAGGGAGGGAAGGGGGUGGGGUGGGCAGCGUAAGGUUGCGCGUGGUUUGUGGUGAAACGCCACGGCCGAGCGUUGCUUAGCCUCUGUCACGUUUUAGCUACGCCAUGUCGUGCUUUGUCGGGUUAUUUUCUUUGUGGUGGAUGCCGCUGCCCAAACGGUAUGUAUCAUAGGUAGUAGCACCUGUAGUUCGAGCCUGGCUUUACCAGGGCUUGGUGGGCGCGCGCAGGGCGGGGGGGGGGGGCGGGGGGUCAGUGCUCCAAAAAAUGUUCUCUGUCAAGAAUGGUGCAGGAUGCUAAAUUGCGUGCCCUUUCUUUAUGGUUGGGGAGUACGUCGGAUUGUGUGUGUAACGUACAUCUUGGUAC